CGCGCCGGCCGUAGAGCGUUGGGGGCGCGCCCUGUGCUCUGGGCAUGCGCGCCGCCGCGGGCGUCGCUGGGACCGGAAGUGCGGGCGAGCGCGCGUCCCCGGGUCUGACAGGAGUCGCCUACGGGCGCCGCGGCGGCAGUCGGAGGCGCGAGAGGGCUAGUAGCCGCGCCGCCCUGCCCAGCCAUGGGCCUCCUGUCGGACCCGGUGCGCCGGCGCGCGCUCGCCCGCCUCGUGCUGCGCCUCAACGCGCCGCUGUGCGUGCUGAGCUACUUGGCGGGCAUCGCCUGGUUCUUGGCGCUCGCUUUCCCGCCGCUGACCCAGCGCACUUACAUGUCGGAGAACGCCAUGGGCUCCACCAUGGUGGAGGAGCAGUUUGCGGGCGGAGACCGUGCCCGGGCUUUUGCCCGGGACUUCGCCGCCCACCGCAGGAAGUCGGGGGCGCUGCCAGUGGCCUGGCUGGAACGGACCAUGCGGUCAGUCGGGCUGGAGGUCUACACGCAGAGCUUCUCCCGGAAACUGCCCUUCCCAGAUGAGACCCACGAGCGCUAUAUGGUGUCAGGCACCAACGUGUACGGCAUUCUGCGGGCCCCGCGUGCUGCCAGCACCGAGUCGCUUGUGCUCACCGUGCCCUGUGGCUCUGACUCUACCAACAGCCAGGCUGUGGGGCUGUUGUUGGCACUGGCUGCCCACUUCCGGGGGCAGAUAUACUGGGCCAAAGAUAUCAUCUUCCUGGUAACAGAAUAUGACCUUCUGGGUACUGAGGCUUGGCUUGAAGCUUACCACGAUGUCAAUGUCACUGGCAUGCAGUCAUCCCCACUGCAGGGCCGAGCUGGGGCCAUUCAGGCCGCUGUGGCCCUGGAGCUGAGCAGUGAUAUGGUCACCAGCCUCGAUGUGGCUGUGGAGGGGCUCAACGGGCAGCUGCCCAACCUUGACCUGCUCAAUCUCUUCCAAACCUUCUGCCAGAAAGGGGGCCUGCUGUGCACACUUCAGGGCAAGCUGCAGCCCCAAGACUGGACUUCGUUGGACGGACCACUGCAGGGCCUGCAGAUGCUGCUGCUCAUGGUUCUGCGGCAGGCCUCCGGCCGCCCUCAUGGCUCCCAUGGCCUCUUCCUGCGCUACCGCGUGGAGGCCUUAACCCUGCGUGGCAUCAAUAGCUUCCGCCAGUACAAGUAUGACCUGGUGGCAGUGGGCAAGGCUUUGGAGGGCAUGUUCCGUAAGCUCAACCACCUCCUGGAGCGCCUACACCAGUCCUUCUUCCUCUACCUGCUCCCUGCCCUCUCCCGCUUCGUCUCCAUUGGCCUCUACAUGCCCGCCGCCGGCUUCUUGCUCCUGGUCCUUGGUCUCAAGGCUCUGGAACUGUGGAUGCAGCUGCAUGAAGCUGGAGUGGGCCUUGAGGAGCCCAGGGGGAGCCCUGGCCCCAGUGCACAGGGUGUGGGGUUGGCCUCGCUUGUGGCACCUCUGCUGAUCUCGCAGGCCAUGGGACUGGCCCUCUAUGUCCUGCCAGUGCUGGGUCAACAUGUGGCCGCCCAGCACUUCCCAGUGGCAGAGGCUGAGGCUGUGGUGCUGACACUGUUGGCGAUUUAUGCAGCUGGCCUGGCCUUGCCCCACAACACCCACCGCACUGCAGCUGGGCUGUAUCGCCCUCACCAACUUCUCACUGGGCUUCCUGCUGGCCGCCACUAUGGUGCCCACUGCUGCGCUUGCCAAGCCUCAUGGGUCCCGGACCCUCUAUGCUGCCCUGCUGGUGCUGACAAGCCCGGCAGCCACGCUCUUUGGCAGCCUGUUCCUGUGGCGGGAACUGCAGGAAGCGCCACUGUCACUGGCCGAGGGCUGGCAGCUUUUCCUGGCAGCACUGGCCCAGGGUGUGCUGGAGCAUCACACCUACGGUGCCCUGCUCUUCCCACUGCUGUCCCUGGGCCUCUACCCCUGCUGGCUGCUUUUCUGGAAUGUGCUCUUCUGGAAGUGAGAUCUUCCUGUCCAGGGCACCAGGCUGGGACAGAGACUCCCCAAGGACCCCAUUUUGCCUCCUUCCAGGGAAAUAAACAAGUGUGUGUUUCAGCUGCUAUUUGAGCUUCUGGCCCACUGUCCAUGUAGGGCCCCAAGACACGGGGGCGAGAAGCCUGCAGAGCUUGGCAUUCCCUCACAGCUCCCUGGCCAGGGCUGCUGUAGUCCACUUACCAGGUAGCAUUCCUGCCCACCAGGACUCUGCUGCUGCCUCAGCCCUGGGAAGUGAGCCCCAGGCGCACUCUCUCAGUCUGGAGGAUGCCAUCCAGACUCAGGGCUGUGUGCAUUGCUGUGUGGUGCUGGGAAGGAGAAUACACCAUGGCCAGGGUGACGAGCUGAGGCACCCAGAGACCACCUGACACCAUCUUUACUGCUGGGGCUAAGAGGCUGGAGCUAGAGCCCUGCAGAGGAGGCCCAGGGUGCAUGACAUGGGGCCCAGGCAAGGCUAGAGCCUUGGGGUGGGAUUGGGAUGAAGCAGGGAGGAGCACAUGGCCUGGCCUGGUUUCCCUGGAGUUGAGUCAGCCCAGGUGAGAUGCCCACAAGGGGCAGGGCAGGCCACACAGUGGGGACAGUACCCAGGAGCAGGAAGGGCACUGGGACAAGAGCGCCAUGGGUGAGGGCACUGACAGGCCAGCAUGGAAAGAAGCAGGCUUUUAUACCAGGACUCUGAAAGGAACUGGGAAGACCACCAUCUGUUCCGAAAGGAGAAACCUGUAGCCUUUUGGUGAUGCCAGGGCCAUGUCAGAGACCUUGGUGCUGUGGCUGGAGAGCCCUCUGGUCACAGGAAGGCAAAGGUGCCGCAGCCACACACAACCAUGCCCAGGCCUCAGUGUCGGAAUCAGCUGUGCUGCCUGGAGAAGCCACAGCAUCUGUUAGAAUCAACUAAGGGCCAGGGUCCUUUCAGUACAGUGACCCCAAAUGGCAUGUCUGUGAGGUUCUGAGGCGGGUGUCCUCCCUGUGCCCCAUUCUAGGCCACUGCCUCUUCACUGGGGCAUGUCUUCCUGUGGGAGGCUCCCCUUGACUUGGGACCCCUGGUGUGGGGGGUUGGCCUGUUGAUGGGGCUCCACAAUUGGUGGAUCAGCAGAUAGCUCCCAGGGUGAACACCUCGGUAGUUUUCUAGAGUUUCUGCAGAGGAAACACAUGCCUGCUGGGUGGGCUCGUGUUCUCUGUGUCUAGCAUUGCUUGAGGCUUGGUAGGGAUGAUGGGGUAUCAACCCCACUGUGACUGGCAGCCUCGUAAUUAACUUGCCUAUCUUCAGCCCACUUGUCCCCAAGUUUGCAGCCUCUAGUCACUUUCUCCAGUGAAUACCUCCUCUGAGGCUGGGUGGAUGCCUUCAGUCCCCACCUGAGCCUCGCUGGUUUCCCCUGCCUCUUGGUGCCCCUAGGAGCACCUCCUAGGUGGGCAUCACAGGGGCCUUCCCUGCUAAAUCAGCAGGGGAGACUCAUCUGUCAGUCUCUUAUUUUCCAAGAAGAAAUCUCCGUGUGGAGAUCUGUUCUCUUUGUAAGAUGACAUAUACAAAAUCACCCUCCAGGCAUUUUAGCUGGGCUUUGGCCUCAAUCUUUUUGGUUUUUUGUUUUGUUUUGUUUUUGAGACAGAGUAGCCCAGGCUGGAGUGCAGUGGCACGAUCUUGACUCAGUGGAACCUCUGCCUCUCUGGUUCAGCAAUGCUCCUGCCUCAGGCUCCAGAGUAGUGGGAUUACGGGUGCAUGCCACCACGUCUGGCUAAUUUUUUGUAUUUUUAGUAGAGGUGGGGUUUCACCAUGUUAGCCAGGCUGGUCUCAAACUCUUGACCUCAGAUAUCUACCCACCUAGGCCUCCCAAAGUCCUGGGAUUACAGGCAUGAGCCACUGCACCUGGCUUCCUCAAUUGUUUUUAGCUUUCUUUUCUUUUGAGACUGAGUUUCACUGUGUUGCCCAGGCUGGAGUGGAAUGGCAAAAUCUCAGCUCACUGAAACCUCCAGCUCCCAGGUUCAAGCAAUUCUACCUCAGCCUCCUGAGUAGCUAGGACUACAGGUAUGUGCCACCACACCUAGCUAAUUUUUUUGUAUUUUUAGCAGAGAUAGGGUUUCACCAUAUUGGCCAGGCUGAUUUCGAACUCCUGACCUUAGGUGAUCCACCCACCUUGGCCUCCCAAAAUGCUAGGAUUAUAGGCAUGAGCCACCAUGCCCGGCUGCCUCAAUUGUUUUUAACAGGACUUUGGCAGUCACUUAAAGGACAAAUCAUGAAAAUACAUAAGUGGGGAAAAAAGCUACAGGAAACCUCGCUUGUGUUCUGAGUAUGUCUGUACAGACUUCUCUGCCUAUACAAGUGUUGAAAGAUAACCAUAGGCUGGGCUCGGUGGCUCACACUUGUAAUCCCAGCACUUGGGGAGGAUGAGGUGGGCAGAUCAUAAGGUCAGGAGAUUGAGACCAUCCUGGCUAACACGGUGAAACCCCAUCUCUACUAAAAAAUACAAAAAAUUAGCCAGGUGUAGGGUCAUGCACCUGUAAUCCCAGCUACUCAGGAGGCUGAGGCAGCGGAAUUGCUUGAACCUGGGAGGCAGAGGUUGCAGUGAGCCAAGAUCAUCCACUGCGCUCCAGCCUGGGUGACAGAGCAAGACUCCUCUUAAAAAAAAGGAAAAAGGUGGGGGGUGGAACAUUGAGAACGGCAGAGUUGCUUUGUUAGGGAGGCAGGACUUCUGUUCUGAUUUUCAGUAAUGAUACGGGCUCAACCUCCACAUUUCUCCCCCCUUUUUUUUUGAUGGAGUCUCACUGUAACCCAGGCUGGGGGCUAUGCCAAGAUCUUGGCUCAUUGCAACCUUCCCUCUGGAGUUCAAGGGAUUCUUCUGGCUCAGUGUCCCAAGUAGCUGAGAUUACAGGCAUGUGCCACCACAUCCUGCUUUUUUUUUUUUGAGACAGAAAACCACAGAACCACAGCCACCGGUCAGGGCCACAGUCACCCACACAGCAGACCAAAGCAAAGCCAUCUCCAGAAGCCUCUGCAUUAAAAGAAAAAAAAGGGAGGCCAGCUAAGGUGAGAUUGUUUAAACCUAAGAGUUCAUUUUUUUUUUUUUUUUUGAGAUAGAGUUUCGCUCUUGUUACCCAGGCUGGAGUGCAAUGGCGCGAUCUUGGCUCAUCACAACCUCUGCCUCCUGGGUUCAGGCAAUUCUCCUGCCUCAGCCUCCUGAGUAGCUGGGAUUACAGGCACGCGCCACCAUGCCCAGCUAAUUUUUUGUAUUUUUAGUAGAGAUGGGGUUUCACCAUGUUGACCAGGAUGGUCUCAAUCUCUUGACCUUGUGAUCCACCUGCCUCAGCCUCCCAAAGUGCAGGGAUUACAGGCGUGAGCCACCGCGCCUGGCCUAUUUUUUUUUUUUAAGUAGAGAUGUGGUUUCGCUAUGUGAAGGCCAGGCUGGUCUUGACCUCCUGACUUCAGGUGAUCUGCCCACCUCAGCCUCCCAAAGUGCUAGGAUUACAGGCAUGAGCCACUGCCCCUCACCUCCUCCCUGAUAUUUCUCAUGGGCCCACGUCCCUCCAUCUUUACUGUUUGGUCUCCUGCCUUGCCUACUCUGCUGUUUCCCAGCCACACCUGUCUCCUCAGUGCCCAUUCAGCAGUCGUAGAGAUCUUUAACACCAGGCUGAGUGUAAAACUCUGGGGGAUGCCCAUCAUUCACAGAAUAAAGUGAAACUCCUAACCCUGGUCUCCAAGACCAGCGUGUCCAACUCCUACCUGGCUCUGCAGAACAUUUUCAUUGCCCCUGAAAGAGAUCCUAUACCCAUUGUCAUUCACUCCCCAUCUCUCUCCCUUCCCAGCCCCUGGCACUAUUGAUCUCUCUGCCUCUAUAGAUCUACCUACUGUGUACCAUCACGUGAAUAAAAUCAUGUACAUGGUCUUUUGUGA